AAAAAUAGAUUAUUUUUUUCCCAUUUUCCAAUCUAUAAUUUGUGCUUGGCACCCAGAAGAAAGGGAAACAUAAGCGGGUGAUCUAGUUUUAUUUUAGGUUUUAACCACCAAAAAAUUUAGACCACAGCAGAUUGUACUUCCAUUUUCCCCUUUCAUUUCACUAUCUGACCAAUCAGAUUCAUUUUUAAAAUCAGCAUAAUCACCUUGAAAUUGGGCGAAAAAACUUGAAGGGAAAAUGGCAGCAAAAGUAAUGGAAAUUAAGGAAAAACUUGAAGCCACCCUUAAUGAUGGCAGCAAACCAUGGACGGCGAUUCUGGCUCAGAUAGAGGCGAAAACUGGCAUUAAUCGGGUUUAUAUAUUUUUUGUAUCGGUUGCUGGCCUUGCACUUUGGUUGAUGUUUGGCUUCGCAGGACAGCUGGUUUGUAACUGUGUAGGCUUUCUGUAUCCUGCUUAUGUGUCCAUACAUGCAAUUGAAACGCCUCAUAAAGAUGAUGAUACAAAGUGGUUAACUUAUUGGGUUGUUUACGCAUUAUUUUCACUUGUGGAAUUCUUCGCCGAUAUUAUCGUUGGUUGGUUCCCAAUGUAUUGGUUACUCAAGUGCGUCUUUAUGGUGUGGUUGAUGAUACCAACUGAAUUUAAUGGUUCUCUAAUUCUAUAUAAUCGUAUAAUAAAACCUUACUAUCUACAACAUCAUUCAAGAGUCGAUGACACAAUCAAUAAAGUGCGACAAGAAGCUACGAAGAUAUUAGAAAAACAACAAUAAUUUUUAUGCACUAUUUGCCUGUUGUUACUGGAAUGUUUAAAGCCUGGUGUGGUACUUGCAUUAGCUUAUGGUUUUACUUUGUGAGAUUUAUGCAACGAUUCAUACUUUGGCACCAAUAAUUUUUUUAUAGCUACUAAGUCCACUGUGUAUUUUAUCUCGUUUUUAAUUAUUAAAUAUUUAUACAAUGUCAA